CAACCGAGUAGUAAUGAUGAAUAAGACCUGAAUUCAAAAUAAUAAUCAAACAGAUUAAAUAAAAUGAUCAUUAUUAAUAAGUGAAGAGUGAGCAGACUCAAGAGCAACAAAAGAAGUAUUAAAAUAAUAAUUAAUAUAAGAUGAAGAUAUCACAAUGACGGAAAUAAAAUAAACAUUUCAGAAUAAAUCAUAAAAUUAAAAAAACAAUAAAAAUGAUGUUCUUUUACAUAACAUCGGCACAGUUCACCAGUCCAACAUGUUUUUAUUCUGACACCAGAAGGAACACACUGUGUGGACCUAUAAAGAGUUAAUAAAAGCUCUCUACACACAGCAUUAGGUUGGCAGGUUAAUCCACAUCAAAUAUUUUUAUGAAUGAAUAUUAGAUUUGUGAAUGGCUCACAAACAGGAAUCCCAUUUUAUUUGAUUCAUGUACUGCUGGAUUGUUGCUCUGCCAAUAAAACUCGGCUGUUGUGUCGUGUUUUGUUGUCGUGUUUUUCACACACUGUCAACUUGACGUGUGUGUCGGCGCCCUGUCAGCUGGCGGAGCUUUUAUUUCGACAAGGCUGACCCGGAAGUAGCUAGCAAGUUCGAGUGGAGCGGAGCCAGCGGCUGUCCUCCUCCUGCCUCCUCUCCUGUCUCCUCUCCUGUCUCCUCUCCUGUCUCCUCGUCUGUCACAGGACAACAACCUUUCACAGCGUUUACGCCUCGAGCAGACGUCAGUCAGCGCGUUUCACGGUGCGGGCUGAGGGAUGCGGCUCGUCUCACGGUGCUCCAGUGUCUCUUCCACUCCGUGAGAUGCCAACAAAGUCGCGCUUCACCGCCACAGCUCGUCGCGGCUCCCGCUCUGCUCUCUGAGAAGCGUCACCGUGAUACUGUCCGUUAACGUUAGCCAGCUGUCGAGGUGUAAAACGUUGGUGUCAUGACUGGAGCUGAGACCGAGGAUGAUAUUCCAGUAGGUGAAAGGAAAACUGUCACAGAUUUCUGCUAUCUCCUGGACAAGUCCAAACAACUCUUCAAUGGGCUGAGAGACCUUCCUCAGUAUGGACACAAGCAGUGGCAGUCCUACUUUGGACGGACUUUUGAUGUCUACACAAAGCUGUGGAAGUUUCAGCAGCAGCACAGGCAGGUUCUGGACACUCGGUAUGGCUUGAAGAGAUGGCAGAUUGGGGAAGUUGCAUCCAAAAUUGGACAGCUCUACUACCACUACUACCUUCGUACCUCAGAAACAAGUUACCUGAAUGAGGCCUUUUCAUUCUACUCAGCCAUCCGCCAGCGCUCCUACUACUUCCAGGUCAACAAAGAAGACAGACCAGAAUUAGUAGUGAAGAAGCUUCGAUAUUACGCUCGCUACAUAGUCGUGUGUUUACUGUUGAACAAGAUGGACCUAGUCAAAGUGUUGGUAAAGGAGUUAUCUGAGGAGAUCGAAGAUUACACACAGCGAUUCAACACAGAGGACCAACUGGAAUGGAAUCUGGUUCUACAAGAGGUGGCAGCGUUUGUAGAGGCAGAUCCAGUGGUAGUCCUGAAUGACAACAGCUCUGUCGUUGUCACCAGCAAUCGGUUGCAGGAGGGAAGCAUGCCUGCACUGGAACAAGGCAUGGUGGUUGGGCAGCUCGUCCUUGCAGAUGCACUAAUCAUCGGCAACUGUAACAACCAGGUGAAGUUCAGCGAGUUGACCAUCGAUAUGUUCCGCAUGCUUCAAGCUUUGGAGAGGGAACCUGUCAACCUGGCCACACAGACCUCGAAAGGAACACUGGAACCCAACGAGAAGCCGGCUAAGAGAGAAAACCCACACAAGUACUUGCUCUACAAGCCAACAUUCAGCCAGCUUUUUACUUUCCUGUCUGCCUCUUUUAAGGAAUUGCCUGCCAACAGCGUUUUGCUCGUCUACCUGUCAGCUACUGGAGUCUUUCCUACUGGGCACUCAGAUUAUGAAGGACCUUAUGAUUUUGGUGGAGUUCUCACGAACACAAAUCGAGACGUGGUGAACGGAGAGACGGUACAGAAGAGGAAUCAGGCCCAGAAAGAAAUGCACUGCCUUCAUCCCGGAGAUUUAUUCCCUUUCACCCGGAAGCCACUGUUUGUCAUUGUGGAUUCUUCAAACAGCUCAGCCUACAAGAAUUUCACUAAUCUGUUUGGCCAGCCUCUGGUGUGCCUACUAUCACCUACAGUAUAUCCCAAAAGUGUUCAAGAUCAGUCUCAGCGUGGGAGCCUCUUCACUAUGUUCCUCUACAGUCCACUCCUGGCCUUCUCCUCAGUGUGCGGCUUGAACAGCGUGCGGCGAGGACUGUGGGAGAGAGCGCAGGAGUUUCUUCGCAAAGUCUACCGUGACAUCGGUCAGAUGAUAACUCGAUCACGGACCAUAGAUCAAGCUUUUUUACAAUUCUUUGGUGACGAGUUCCUUCGGCUGCUGCUCAUCCGCUUUGUGUUCUGCUCGGCUGCGCUCAGACUGCAUAAACUGUUUCGGGAGUCCCGGAGCUUCCCAGAGUCGUACCCUGAGCUCCCCAAACAGGACACGGUGGAGAGCAGCCUUCUACAGAAGCAUAUUUUGGAGCUGGCGACCAUGCUGGACGUGCAGAGCCUAUUUUGGGAUGAUUCACUGGAAGCCUACUAACAUCUUCGCAUGGGGCAAAACUGGCAUACAUGUACAUACAGACUCAACUGCCAGAGCCUCCCAGUUGUCUUUCUGUUUUUUUACAGGUAAUGAAAUAACUGAUUUGGCACAUACAAGCUCACGUCUCAUUUAAUUGUUACUCGUGGAAGCAAACGUAACAUGAAAAUGUUCACAUAGAUAAAGCAGAGAGUUUAACGCAGUGUAAAAUCUCCAUUCUGAGUCUCAGCCUCGUAAAUAUAAGCAUCAUGUAAGACUAAAGAAAUGACAGAGGGGCUGUAGAUCAUCCAAAUGUAAGGAUUAAACUGCAGCCUCCAAACUUAACUCAUGUCAAGUAAUUGUAAAGAAGCUGGUUUUGUGUUUUUAAAAUAUUUAUCAUUGUUUGGAGUGAAGGUCGUGUAAGCCUAAAGGUUGCUGUUGUGACUUUCUGAAGUUAAAGCAGGGCAGUGCUGAGAGGAAACAGUGCUGAACCCUUUGUAUUAAAAACAAGUCUAAUGUUAGCACACUGUUCGCACAGCGAGUUAGAAUCUGAACAAUUUCACCAAAAAUGUUUUUUGUAUUUGCCAAACGGCGCGUGCUGUAUAACAGCUUAACUUGUAGCAGGCUGAGGUGCAUGAGGUCAUGUUCUGUCGUGUGUCGUAGGUCCUCAUUCGUUGUGAAGAUAUCCCGAUCCUUCAUGUCAUUAACCAGCAAUCUAACUGAUGCCGUUAACCGUCUAUUGUUUCGGCCUUGUGCUUUCUGUAAGUGAUAGUUAUUCCUUCUCCACAUCACUGUGCUGUAUUUGCAUGCAAAAAGGCAAAGAAGAUGUUUCCACUUUGUUCUUUUCUUCACUAAGAAUGGCCUCCACCUUUUAGGAAUAUAAAAAAAGGCUUGUAGAUUUUAAAGUGGCAUGGGGUUGGGAAGUAAAUGGAGCCAGUGCAUGUGUUGCAUGGGCCUGUACAUUUGUAGUUGAGUCCCACAAAUGAAGACAAUCUAGUUUGAUAACAGGGGAGAACAGGGAGUAUGUACGCCAACAUCUGUUCACAGACAACACACACCAUCACACCGUAACUUAAACGUUGAGCCAGAACACCUCUACAACCUUAAUGAUGACAGGGUGAUCAUGCCAGCUGGAUCACUGGCUCACUUCUUUCUACUACAGCCAACACCAGUCAUGUUUGAUUGAUUUAUCCGAUCUGCUGCUCCAAGCUUCCAGAUGCUGCUAUCUUUGCCCACGUUACUAAGGUUUUUAAAGCCCAAAUGAUCCUCAGUAUAUCUGUGCAGCCACAGGGCUCCAUUUGACACGAGUUUUAUCACCUGCCCGUGUCUUUGAGGAUCAUACACUGACAAACCUGUUUAGUGAAUGAACAGAACCACAUGCGCAUUAGCUUUCCAUCAGGAGUAUGAACAGAACCUGACCAGCAUAGUGUCGGUUUGAACCAGGCGCGUUCACAGAAUGGUACAUGCCUCUAAACAAAGAUCACACGUAGUUUUGGCUGAAUCUGACUGGAAAAGGUGCUGCAGUGUCUCUGCAAACACUUGAAAGCUAUAAACACAUUUCAACAGAAGCAUCUCUACCUUCUACUGCUGUUUGAUAGCUGAUAAAGAUUUCACGUCAUACCUGCAACCUGACCCUCCCGAAGUUGGGUCUCUGCGUCCUUGCUGCUAUGUAACAUUCCAAAUGGAGUGCAGAAGAUGUGAAAUGAAAGUCGAAUUAACGUCCUGGUACUUUUGUUCCAGAGGCUGUGAAGCUUUCUGACUAGUUCUCACUUUAGACCCUCAAAGAUGGCAGUGUUUGUCAGCAGCUCUUUACCUGAGGAAGAAUAUCUCAAGUACUACAGUAACUGAAUUGUCAGGAAAGUACUGAUUUGCUGAAAAGUAGACUCCAAACACUGCUAUGUCUGUCUGUGAUCCCCAGUUGACAAAAAUUCUCCUUUUCUCCCCAAGCUUUAGUGCCAAUUUUAGGCCAAAAUAUUUGCACACAGCAUAUCUCAUAACAGGCAGACUGCCACAAAAAGUCCUCUCGUGUAAAGGAUAAGGCUGGUAUUGUUUUUUUAUCUGCCCAAAAUCAACAAUGUUAGUCUGUCUCUCAAUAUUUCUCCCUCGCCCAAUGGUUCCUUCUGAAGACUUUAAGACUCUAAUCACUGAGAAAUGUAUCGUCCAAAAACAGGCUCAGUGAGUUCUGUAGUUUGUAUUGUUACUCAAACAGGAGGAAAGAUUUUCAGCGGAGGACUAAUCCACAUUUGGUGCUCUAGUAAGAUUUUGUGACAGCAGGACAGUGUGUGUGGGACUAAGUAUAAACUACAGU